CCCCUUUUAUGGAUUGUUAGAGUUUAUAUCUCUGCAGCUAAAACUCCAGCAACCCGACCAUCCGCAAAGACAGAAACGUCUCUCCAGUCCAAACCCACUGACCCACCUGGACCGACAUCUCACAAGGGUCCACCAACCACCUCUAACCCUAACGUCUGCACUCUAAUCGCUGUUAUCGCGGUCCUCUGCGUGCUGCUGCUCGUUGUGUCUUUCAUGGCCGCGAUGCGCAGAAGGAAUCGCAGCAGCAAAGCUGUGAGGCCUGGCUGUCCCACAGAAGGAGAGAAGAAGCACGAAGAAGACGGGAUGCCGAGUCCGGAUCGGUCUGCAGGACACCCGGAAGAACCUCGGAGAAGGUCCUUCACUGGCAUCAGAGCAAAGUCGGCUAACGCCAUCAUCCUCUCGUCUCCUUUCUACGCGACUGAGAAGGACAAAGUUACUUCCCCAGCUGAGGUAGAAGCUCCUCUGGAGGAAUCUGGAAAAGAAAACCAGGGAUCUGAGAGUGGAGCAGAAAGGGGAGAAGGAGCUCGUCCGAAAACCGUCGCAACCUUUGACCCGGUUGAGGAGCGUGUGACGCAGGACGGUGAUGCUGGGCAGCUCUCUGAAAAUCAGGAGCGUGCUCAUGUCCACACCGGCGUUGUACCGUACCUGAGCAUCGGCAGCGCGCAGAACAAAGCCCGUCCUGAUAAAGACUCCUCAGAGGGACCAGGCUGGAGCCCACAGAGAGGCAAAGUCAUCCAGAGGAUCUCCACCUGGCCUCCUACUGCGCCCCAGUGGCAGGCACGGUGCAAAAGGAGAGAGGAAGAAGGCGAGGACGUUGGUGGGUUCGCUGUUUGGACGCAAAGUGGAACCGCGGAGCUCUCCGAGGACGUGAAGAUCACGAUGGAGCAUCCCAGCAGCUCGGAUCAGAGCAAAAAGCAGGAGGGAAGGAACCCCAACCGGAGUCCUCCGGACGGCUUUAAACCACCAGAGGCUCCUGUCGGCGUCUCUGAGGUAGAAGGCAUGACCCUGGGUGCAGGUUCUGUCACACGGGUCAGAGAAGACCUGGAGACCGAGGAGCAUCCUUCUCAGAAGAACAGCAGCGACGUGAGGAAGGACCAGAAGCGUUCUGUGACCGUCAGGCAGAGGGCAGACGACCGAGCCGCCGCGGCCGCCGCCGGGUCAAAGGCGUCCUCCGGCGGCGCGUCACCGGAUGAUGAGACUCUGCUCUCAGGGAACGAGUACGCCUUCAUGGACCUGCUUCACGAAGUGGUUCAGAACAACGGCCGCUGGACCAGAGAGAGGUGGAAACAGAUUCAUGUCAACAAGCAGCGGCGGUGAAAACAAACCCGAGUUCAAGGUUUAUCUUUUUUUUUUAUCACCGAAUCAUGAUUUAUUCAGUCUCUGGGGUCAGAAUGGUUCAUUAGUCUAGAUGAGAUGAUUCAGUUCCUAGUGAGCUUCAUAGUUAAAAUAUAGUCAAAAUAUAUUUACCUUUAGCUUCUCAUGUGAGUCCCGUGGCGACUGGAGAUUCCCAGGUCCAUCUGAAAUAUUAUUUUAGAACUG